GGGUGGGCUUUGGGAAGAUGGGUACCUGGAGUCAGUGAGGCCGCGGUGGCGGCGGCCGAGCGGUGUCUGAGCCGCUCCCCCCCGCCCACCCCCCCUCUCCCCGCCCGCUCGCCCCCCUCUCCCGGACGGGGGCGCAGGGUGGGGUAAAGGAAGAGGCCCGGGCCCAGGCCCCGGCCCCGGCCCCGGCCCAGGCCCAGGCCCAGGAUGGGCUCCCAGGUGCUGCAGAUCCUCCGCCAGGGAGUGUGGGCCUCGCUGACCGGCGGCUGGUACUUCGACCCGCACCAGAGCAAGUUCUCCAACUGCUUCCACCUCUACGUCUGGCUUUUCCUGCUCUGCUUCCCCUUCCUGCUCUACAUGGCUCUGCCACCCAGCACCUCGGUUGCCGGGAUCUACUGUGCCAUCGUCGCCCUCUUCUUUACCGUGGUCAAGUCCGUCAACUACCGCCUGCACGCCAUGUUCGAUGAGGGGGAGAUCGUGGAGAAGAGGAACCCGCAGCUUGAAGUGGACGGUGCCAAGCUUGAAGAGUGCGAGCCAGGAGGUGGCGCAGACAGCACCCUCCGGGACCCAGGGGGAGGAGUGGAGAUGACCGUCUUUCGGAAGAAUAACACCACGCCGCCCGUGAGAUGCAGCUCGCAGCAUUCCGUCUUCGGCUUCAACCAAGUGUCGGAAUUGUUGCCUCACCUGGAAGACAGUGGAACCUCUAAAGGGAUCAGAGACCUGGUCCGUGAACAAGGCAAUAAAAAUGUAAUUGUCACAUCAGCUGACAGAGAGUUACUGAAACUGAACAUGCUAGAUACAGCAGAUUCACCGGCGCUGCAUGCCACCAGUGAGGGCCCUCUGCCCCUAGAGACGACCCAGCAGCUGGACACACAGCCUUCGGUGAAGAGACUACCCUCGCUGCCCGUCCAGCAGGUGCUCCCCUCCAGCCGGGGCCUAGCAACGGCCACAUCCACGUCGCCCUGCGUCACGGUGGUGCCCGACCUGCGAGUGCACCCCUUGCACCUCGGCCUGUUGGAGCAGCUGGGCGCCUGGCACCCUGGGGAGUCCGAGAGCCUGUGUAACGCCCUGCUGGGCCCUUUGCUGCGCGACCGCCCGGUGGGAGACCAGGCCGGGACGGAGGAAGGGGGCAGCGGCAGCGGGCAGGAGGGAGCCAGGGAGCUGCCCCCGCCACCAGAGGAGGAGGAGGUGGGGGAGGGGAUGCUCCAGGCGAUGGGCGCCAAGGCGGCCGGCUCCACCGACAGCUGCUUCAGCGGCACCGACCGGGAGACGCAGAGCACCGUCAGCAGCUACAGGAGCGAGAAGACCAGCUCCACCCGCCUGGAGAGCCCGUCGCUCACACCGCAGCCGGACCCAGAACCCCCACCGGGGGUCAAGCCAGGCAGCGACACGGACAAUCUCUCGGACAGCGAGGCUGUCACCACCCCGGAUGCCGGCGCCUCGGCCGAGGGGGCCCUGCGGUUUGCCUUCGCUGGCAGCGAGCGCCUUGCUGGGGCGGGGGAUGACCCCUUGAGCUCUUGGCUGAGCGACAAGCUGAGUGCCCCCCAGGCCGUAGGCCUGGCCGAGCCUUCCCAGCAUGCCCCGCUGCAGGCAGAGAGGGCAGUCCGGCCCAAGGAGCUGAGCCUGCUGGGCCGGGGGCCAGGCCGACGCUCCGGCAGGAGGAAGGGUGCCAGGAGGCACGGCGGCAGCACCGGCAGCUUUGAUUACCGGCGGGACUACGCGCCGGUCAGGACGGCGCUGGGCGCCAAGGCCUACAGCCAGGGCUUCUUCGAGGACGAGGACUCGAGCGACCAGAGUGACCUGAGCCAUGCCUCCAGCCUGCGCUCGCAGCCCAACUACAGCAGCUCCUCCAGCUCAUCCAGUGUCACCUCGCAGUCCUGCUCCUCCCCUGAUGCCCAGAGGCCUCAGGGGACCAGGCGGCGCAACGCAGCCCGCUCCGACUCGGAGCCGGGUCCUGCUUCCACCAUCGCCCUGGCACCUCCUCCCCCCUGCGAACCGCCUGCCAGCGUCAAGACCCACGCCCGGAUGCUGAGCGUGGGCGGCACCGGGCAGCUGGAGCCCGGCCCAGGCAGCACCCGCACCCUGACUGCCUCCAAGUCUGACCUGGAGGCCCGGGACAGCGAGCCGCGCUGGCGGGAGCGGUUCUCCCGGAGGCUGGAGUCCAUCGGCAGCGCCUGGAGCCAGUCGGAGGGGGCAGUCGGCGGAGCACCAGCUCUGGAAGAGCCUGGGAGACGGGAACUUACCAGCAGUGUGAAGAGGACACAGGCAAUGAGACGAAGACACAACGCAGGCAGUAAUCCAACACCGCCUCCCUCCAUCAUGGGCUCACCGCCAAGCCUGCAGGACAUCCAGAGGAACCGGACAGCAUCACAGUCACGGACACACGCGCUCCCUGCUGCCCUGCACUUUGCCAGCUCGCUGCUGCUCUCUCGGGGCCCUGUGCACGAGGCUUCCAACUUUGACGACACCUCAGACGGAGCAGUUCACUACUUCUAUGACGAAGCCGGCGUCCGCAGGUCCUACACCUUUGGCCCGACGGGUGGUGGCUACGAGAAUCCAGUGGGCCAGCAAGUGAGCCUGGAGCAUAUCUCCAACAACGCAUGGGAUCAUCAGUCCCACUCUUCCAGCUUCACCUCUGCCGACGCUCCAGAGGGAAUGCCAGCGCUGUCGCUCCUCCAGCCCCGGCCUGUGGUACUCCAGGGAAUGCAGGUCCGUAAUGUGCCCUUGGAGAUUCCUGAGUUGGAUUUUCUGGAUCAGGAAUCUCUCCACGAAUCCCAGGAAAACACGCUCAUGAUUGAAGAGAAGAGCAGGAACAAGCAGUACUACAAAUUCUGGCUGCUGCCCUGGAAGUGGAUGCGAAUCCGUUACGACAGACUGGCACUGCAGGCUUUGUUGGACAGAAACCGUCAGGCCCAUGAGAACGUGGUCGCUGUCAGCCUGGCUGCCUUAGUGGCUUUCCUGGGCUUCAUGCUUCUCCUCGAGGGCUUCUUCAGGGACAUCUGGGUGUUCCAGUUCUGCCUGGUCAUUGCCAGCUGCCAGUACUCCCUGCUGAAGAGUGUUCAGCCUGAUGCAGCCUCUCCGAUGCAUGGUCACAACUGGAUCAUCGCAUACAGCCGGCCAGUCUACUUCUGCAUGUGCUGCGCCAUGAUCUGGCUCUUUGACUUUGGCAGCCAGAGCAGCCACCUCCAGCCCAUCAGCCUGUACGGGAUCACUCUCUUCUCUGCUCAGUCCUUUGCCUGUGCUCGGGACGUGGUGAUCGUUUUCACGCUGUGUUUUCCGGCCAUUUUCCUCCUUGGCCUCCUGCCUCAAGUGAACACUUUCUUCAUGUACUUGUUAGAACAGCUGGACAUGCAUGCCUUUGGAGGCACUGCUACGACCAGCCCCAUGUCUGCUUUCUACAGCUUUGUCCGCAGUCUGCUGGUCGCUGUCCUCCUGUACGGAUUCUGCUUCGGGGCUGUGAAGGUUCCUUGGGAAGCCCAGCAUGUGCCAGUUUUGUUUUCCGUCUUCUGUGGCCUUCUAGUCGCACUUUCGUACCACCUGAGCCGACAGAGUAGCGACCCCACCACCCUCUGGGCCCUGAUCCGGUCCAGGCUUUCCCCCCAGUUGGACAAUCGUAAUCCUGAGGAUCCGCUGUUGGAAAUCCAGGACCCACUGCCAGCGAAGCUCAAGAGCUCAGUGAGAGAGAUCCUCCAUUCAGACCUGGUCAUGUGCCCUGUAAUCGCCAUCAUUACCUUCGCAAUCAGUGCCAGCACGGUCUUCAUUGCACUUCAGCCGGUUCUGAGUUACGUGCUCUAUGCCCUGGCUGGCCUGGUUGGCUUCCUGACACACUACCUCCUUCCGCAGCUCCGUAAGCAGCUCCCGUGGUGCUGCCUGUCCCACCCGAUGCUGAAAUCCAGGGAGUACAGCCAGUUUGAGGUCCGAGAUGCAGCCCAGCUAAUGUGGUUUGAGAAAGUCUAUGCCUGGCUCCAGUGCAUGGAGAAGUACUUCAUCUACCCAGCAGUCAUCCUCAGCGCCCUCACCACCGAUGCCAGUGCAGUCAGCAGCCGUCACAAGCUGGGAAAAUACAGCGACCCGCUCUUUAUAACGGUGGCCGGGAUGAAGCUCCUUCGCUCCUCCUUCUGCUGCCCUUGCCAUCAGUACGUCACCCUGAGCUUCACCGUCCUCUUCUUCCGCUUCGACUACAGCCACUUCUCCGAGACCUUUCUGCUCGACUACUACUUCAUGUCUGUCAUCUGCAGCAAGCUCUGGGACCUGCUGUACAAGUUACGUUUUGUGCUGACCUACAUCGCCCCCUGGCAGAUCACAUGGGGCUCAGCGUUCCAUGCCUUCGCCCAGCCAUUCGCCGUGCCACACUCUGCAAUGCUGUUUGUCCAAGCUGUGCUCUCGGCCUUUGUCUCCACCCCUUUGAACCCACUCCUUGGCAGUGCUGUGUUCAUCACCUCCUACGCCAGGCCGGUGAAGUUUUGGGAACGAGAUUACAACACCAAGCGGGUUGACCACUCGAACACUCGGCUGGCCACGCAACUGGACAGGAACCCAGGAGCGGACGACAAUAAUCUCAACUCUAUCUUCUACGAGCACCUAACGCGCUCGCUGCAGCACAGCCUGUGUGGGGACUUGCUCCUGGGCCGUUGGGGCAACUACGCCAUGGGCGACUGCUUCAUCCUGGCCUCGGACUACCUAAACGCACUGGUUCACCUGAUCGAGAUAGGCAAUGGGAUUGUCACCUUUCAGCUGCGAGGCCUGGAGUUCCGAGGUACCUAUUGCCAGCAGCGGGAGGUGGAGGCCAUUACUGAGGGAGUGGAAGAAGACGAGGGCUGCUGCUGCUGUGAGCCUGGCCACCUGCCCCACAUGCUGUCAUUCAACGCUGCCUUUGGACAGCGCUGGCUAGCCUGGGAGGUCGCAGCCACCAAGUAUGUCCUGGAGGGCUACAGCAUCAGCGACAACAACGCAGCUUCCAUGCUGCAAGUGUUCGACCUCCGCAAGAUCCUCAUCACGUACUAUGUCAAGAGUAUUAUCUAUUACGUGAUCCGCUCUCCGAAGUUGGAGGAAUGGGUGAACAAUGAUGCGAUCCAGGAGGUGCUCCAUCCGUGCUCCAGCCCCAGCUAUGCUGACAGCGAUCCCACCUUCAACCACAACAUUGAUGACGACUACGACCACCGCAUGCAAGGCAUCUCCCUGGCCUCCUUCUGCAACGUCUACCUUGACUGGAUCCAGUACUGUGCCAGUCGGCGGGACAAGUCUGUGGAGAGUGACAGGACCUCUCACCUGGUGACCUUGUGUUUCGGACUCUGCAUCCUUGGCCGGAGAGCCCUGGGGACAGCUUCCCACAGCAUGUCAGCCAGCAGUCUGGAGCCAUUCCUGUAUGGGCUGCACGCCCUGUUUAAAGGUGAUUUCCGGAUCACCUGCCCCCGGGACGAGUGGGUCUUUGUCGACAUGGAGUUACUGCAGAAAGUAGUGGCUCCCGGGGUCCGGAUGUCUCUGAAGCUGCAUCAGGAUCACUUCACAUCCCCCGAUGAGUACGAUGACCCUGCCGUGCUCUUCGAUGCCAUCACCAACAAUGACGAGAAGAUGGUGAUCUCCCAUGAGGGUGACCCAGCCUGGCGUAAUGCUAUACUUACCAACACCCAGUCACUGCUGGCGCUGCGCCAUGUGAUGGACGACGGCAGCGAUGAGUACAAGAUCAUCAUGCUCAACAAGCGAUACCUGAGUUUCCGUGUCAUUAAGGUGAACCGGGAGUGCGUGCGCGGCCUGUGGUCAGGGCAACAACAGGAGCUGGUGUUCCUGCGCAACCGGAACCCAGAGCGUGGCAGCAUCCAGAACGCCAAGCAGGCCCUGCGCAACAUGAUCAACUCAUCGUGCGACCAGCCCAUCGGCUACCCCAUCUACGUCUCACCGUUGACCACCUCGUACGCAGGCCAGCACACUCAGCUCCGCAGCAUCUGGGGAGAGCCGGUCAGCCUGAGGAACAUCUCCAGCUGGUUCAUCUCCAGCUGGGAGAGGCUGCAGAAGGGAUGUGGUGCAGGCUGCAACAGCGGGGGCAACAUCGAGGACUCCGACUGCGGAGGGGGCUCUUCAUCCAUCAGCAACAACCCGACAGUACACGUGAUCCACAGCAGCACAUCACAGAGUGGAGUUGGAGCUGUCAACCCUCAGGGGCCUGUUGCCACAAGCCAGCCUCAGUCAGGAAGUGAUGCAAGCUCUCAGCCUGGACUGGCCUGGUCUACUCGGCCGCAGCCACUGCAGCUUUCGCUCUUAACCCAGUCGGAGCCUCGGCGGGAGAACAGCCAUUCCUUGCAAAGGACUUCCUCCAUCCAGGGGCUCCUCAGUCAGAGGCUGUCCUCCAGCCAGCUCUCGUUCAACAGCUCGCUGGUGUCCACCACGUCUCAGGCAGACCGCUUCCCAACGGGCACCCAGCUGGAUGGAUCCGGGCCGGUCCGGGUCCUCCACCGCGCCGGCUUGACCUCCUCCGUCAACUUCACCUACGAGGGGCCUCACGGCAAGUGGAGCUUGCCGGGCCGGAGAGGGGUCAACGGAUUGCCAGGCGCCGACUGGGACACCGGUUCUGGGACCCAGUCCAACGGCAGUGCCGUGGGGACGCCAGCCAAAGGAAGCCUGCCACGAUCCCAGGUGCCUUGUCAUCCACCAUGCGACCUCAGUCAAGUCCCUGAAGGGGAUGCCUUUUCGCUGAGAUUGGAACAGGUGCCCGUGGAUGCCAUCCCACUGUCAAGAGGAGGGGGCCAUGAAUCGAAGGAAUGGGAGCCAAAGGAGGAGCCAGAGAACACGGCAGUGCAGUCGCUACUGGACCACCAGUUCUAACUGAGGAAGCACCGUUGAGCUGUGGUAGACCCUCUGGUUUAUGUGCUCUCCCUCUCUCUCUCUCUCGCUUUCUCUCUGUCCAUCUCUCAAAUCUUCCUGUGUGUGGCACUUUCGAGCAGUCUUUAAAGAUGACAUGGUGCUUAGGAGGGUGGCUGGGGAACAGGUUGAGGAGUGUCUUACUGAUGGCUAACGAGGCGGCCAGCUCUAGCUCAAGGGAUGACGCUCACAUCCAGACAGCCAAGUUCUGGAAGAGUCCUGAAGAGUUUGGCCAGCUCAAGGUGUACCCUACAUCUCUUGCAAUCCAACCACUGAGUGGAUCGAAUGGCCUCGUGCCCAAGAUGUGUUGAGCCCAGCAAGGUUCGAGGUGGAACAGCCUGAGUUAGGUCAAGGUGGGCAUUCUAUGUUUCCUUCCUUUAUUUCACCUUUUUUAUUAAAGAAGAGACCUUUUAAACUGUCCCUCCCUCCCUCCCUCCCUGGGAUUGUCAGUCAGUUAGCACACUCACAGCAGGCCAUGGGUCCCAUACAGCUGGGCUGCGGUGUGUGGCAAUGUGGGGCAGUAGCUGUUUUAAUGCCAGCUGUGACGGUCUAACUCGCUCUCUGGUGGUCUCCUGCACUAUCUUCUUCCACCUGAAGGCUGACAGAACCUCCUCGAAGCUAUAACACCGUGUGAGGUGACCGGCUGCAAGUCUCUGGGACAGUUCUUACCAACCCUUCAGACUAAGCACAAUUCUAUAGACACUAGCUCUCUUACUAUUGCGAAUCCACUUGGACCAGAAGCUUUGUAGAAAACUUGCAGGAGACCUUUAUCCCUCAGACAGUGUGGAACUGGAGUCGAGGAUUGGUCAUUCUUUGUGCCACAGAUUAAAAUCUAACCAGGUCCCUUCAUGUUUCCUUUCUCUCUCUAGCAGCUUGUUGGCAUGGCCAAGGUGGCUGGCCUUUAAUGUUAGCGGAUGUGUCACCAUAUUGGUGCGUCCUGGUGGGGGGGUGGUCUGAGCUCCAUGCAAAGGAGAGGCCAGAGUCCGCCCCAUUUCUGGGGAGGGGAAAACGGUUAGUCCAUGACCGAUUGAAAGCUCCUUGUCAAUGAUUCUGGUUUGUUGGCACUGUGGAGGGUCAAACCCAGAGGUGGGGAAUGGAGGUGUGGUCCCAGGGUUUUGGCCCCUAUCUCUCAUGCUGCGUGGGUGAAUGUCUCCUGUGGUUAGUGAUCUCUUGGAGUAGCAAGCACACUGUUGCUGAGUUUAUAAGGGUCUGCCAGGCACUCUGUUGGCUUCUUACUUUGGUGCCAGUUUUGUUAGUGUGAGUGAAUGAUAUAUGCCUGUGCCCUCGCACAUCACAAUUGUGCCCAUGACUACCCCUGCCUGUAACUGUAGCCUAGGUGAGGAGAGCAAGGGCACUGAAUCCAAGUCCCUCCAGAUGAUCAAGAGUAGACCAGACUUCUCAAAUAUUUACCCAUUUUGAAUCUUAAAAAAUUGUCCUGACCCCUUCCAGAAAACUAAGAAGCCUGGGGGAUGGGAGUGGGGGCAGGCGGCCGGGGGAGUGGAGCAGGUGACCUGUGG